AUGUCUCAGUCCCAGCAAUCCCUCCUCAAUGGCAACACCAACGGCUAUGCCAAUGGCCAUGCCAAUGGUCGUACAUCUGGGCCUGAGUGGGAUGCCAAGAUCCAGAAGCUCAACGGGGAACUGAGAGAAGCCAAGUAUCUUGCUGGCUUCCACGGAGAUGCUCUCAUCGGAGAUAUAACCCGACCUGGAGUCAAGUGGUGGACUGAUUUACGCAGUAUCCUCACCUUUCAGCAUCUUCCUGCUAUCAAGAAUGUUUUGGUCCACUACAUCAAAACCAAAACUCUUGACAAAACAAACUUGGCAGAGUUGGUUGGAUCCAUCUCCAAUGACAGUCUUCUUCGUGCCAAGUUCAUCGAGACAGAAGUAAAGAACAAGUAUGAGCGUAUGCUUCAUCCACCUAUCACAUACCUCGGCGAUGCCUUCAAGUAUCGUACAGCCAAUGGCAAGUUCAACAGUGCCAUGCACCCCCAACUCGGAGAAGCAGGUGCUCCGUAUGCCAAAACAGUCCCAUCAAAGACUCAUCCUCUGGGCGCUUUACCCGAUCCUGCUGAUCUUUUCGAUCGCCUAAUGGCCCGAGAAGACCCUGGUCCAGACGGCAAGGGUCGACCGUCCACCUCUGGUUUGUCGUCCAUGCUGAUAUACCACGCCACUAUCAUCAUUCACGACAUCUUCAGAACCAAUGAUGCCGACAAGAACAUCUCUGACUCGUCUUCUUACCUUGACCUGUCUCCUCUUUACGGCUUCACCGAGGAGAUGCAGCGCAAGAUCCGCGAUGACAAGUACAAGCUUGGACUUCUCAAGCCUGACACCUUCGCCGAGGACAGACUCUUGCGACAGCCUCCUGGAGUUUGCAUUUACCUUGUAAUGUACAACCGGUACCACAAUUACGUCGCCACUCAGCUCCGUCGCAUCAACGAGAACGGCCGCUUCUCUGUGCCUAGCAAAUACACGCUCUCUCCUCUGGCAUCUGCUGCCAAGGAAUUCGUCAAAGAUGCAGACCAAGCCUUUACUGACGAUAUCUGGAAGUACCACAACGAGUGGAAGCGUCGUCGAUCAGCUGGAAUUGACGAUGACGAUGACGAGGAUGAAGACUUCGAUGACCUCGCAGACACUUUGCGCCAGAGAAUCCUUGCUGGUAUCGAAGAGGGCCUUCGAAAGGAGAGUGAGCGCCAAAAGGCACUCUGUGUUCAAGUUACAGGUAAGGAGCACAGCGACGAUGCUGAUGAGAACUCCAAGAGUAUCAGCCCCGAGGGUGUUCUGCAGCAGUUUCUCAAGGCUCAUGAGGCUGCUUGGGACAAGCUAGAUGAAGAUCUUUUCCAGACCGCGCGACUCAUAACCUGCGGCAUGUACAUCCAGAUUUCGAUCCAUGAUUACCUUCGUGGGCUCAUGGGAUUCAUGAACUUUGAUACCAACUUCACUCUUGAUCCUCGUGUGGACAUGAAGAACCACAAGAACGUCUCCAGAGGCUUAGGCAAUCAAGUCACAGUUGAGUUUAACCUCCUCUACCGUUUUCAUUGUGCCAUCUCCAUGAAGGAUGAGAGCUAUGCCGAGGAUUUCAUGGCCGAGCUCUUCGAGAAGGAUGAGCAAUGGGACCCCAAGUCGAUGGGCCUUCCCCAGUUCAUGCAGGAGAUGGGUAAGAUGAAGGCCAAGGAGGGUUUGAAGAAACCUCUUGAGCCGUGGCAGCAGGAGUUUGGUCUUCGCAAGGAUGGAAACCCUCGAUUCAAACCCUUCAAGAGGAACGAGUACACUGGUUUGUUCGAUGACGAGGCCAUGGUCAAUGAGUUGACAAGUGCUAUGGAUGAUCCCAUCGCCAACUUUGGUCCUCUCAAUGUCCCUCGCUGUCUCAGAGCCGUCGAGAUUCUCGGCAUCAUGCAGGCUCGCAAGUGGGAGAUCGGCACGCUCAACGACUUCAGAGACUUCUUCCAAAUGAAGCGCCACAAGACCUUCGAGAGCAUCACUCCCAACGAGCAGGUUCAGAACGCACUGCGUGAUCUAUACGAACAUCCUGACAAGGUUGAGUUGUAUCCCGGUAUCUUCUGCGAGACCAAUCAGGCCAACGGUCAAUUGAACGCCGACCCUGGUCCUUCCGAUCUGGACUCUGCGCUGUGGGCGGCCAUCUUUUCCGACGCCAUCACCCUCGUCCGAUCGGAUCGCUUUUACACCGUCGACUGGAAUACUAACUCUUUGACCAAUUGGGGUAUGAAAGAGGUCACCCCAGACAACGAUGUUUGCAAGAGCUCCAUGUUCCACCGACUCAUCCAGCGCGCGUUCCCCGAAUGGUAUCCCUACGACUCUAUCCGGUUCUUCCACCCAUUCUACACUGGUGAAAAGCUUGCCGAACUUGCCAAGGCACAGGGUUACGACAAGGAGUUCUGUGUUAAGACCACCCCCUUGAAGAAGGCCAAGAAGAACUCUCGCGGCGAGAUGACCAAAUUCGACUUUGAGCUCACAAAGUCCAAUCCUCAACGGCCGAGCAAGACAGUGUACUUGACUCACAGUGAUGACAUCAAGCUCAUUCUCGAGGACACCUCUGACAUCUUGGUUCAUCCUGCUCGUACCAGGAUUUCUGAUCUUCCACCAGAGAUCCACGAUGUUCUGAAGCCUGGUCAGAACAACGACCCCGAGAAGAAUGGCGUGUCUCUCGCUGCUGCGGCGGAGCACUCGACUGUUGACCAUGAGCAUAUCCAAUCAUACUUGGUCGAGAUUGCUCGGAACAUCAUCAAGCGCGAAGUUGUCACCACCGACAAGACCAAGGGCAUAUAUCAGCUCGAUAUCGUGCGAGACUUCGCCGUUCCCAUCGUGACCCGCUUCGUUGCUGAUUUCCUCGGAUUCGGCCAUCUGCUUCGCUCCGACACCAACUCUCACGCGCCUUACUCGGAGAACGAGAUCUAUCAGCACAUCAACAACUGCCAGGUCUUCCUCUCAUACAAUACCGAUGAGACAAAGCUUCUCAAGCGCCGCAAGGCCUUCCGGGACUCGAUGAGCUUCCUCCUCAAGCUGGCCCAAGAAGGCAAUAUCUGCGAGGCCGGCAAGUGGCGCACCACGCGAUGGGUGCAGGGUUUCUUUGGAGCCAUAGCCUCUUUCGGCCAUGAUAAGCCUAACUUUAUGACGGCCUUGGGAUACAGGGUCGCCGGCGAGGUAUUGCAGAGGGAGAAGAACACCACAAAGGCGGCUACCAUCCUUCUUUUGACUGGCUUGGACAGUGCAUACAAUGUGGUCCUUGCGUUCACCUCGGUCAUGGAAUCAUUCUUCCAGAAUCUCUACGCUGAAAAGCCCAACGCCAGAGGUGAGGAAAUCAAGGCAGCCUGGCUUGAGAUCCAGAAGCUCGCGUUUGAGGACGAUGCCAAGUCCAAUGAGCGCAUCCAGGCUCUUGUUCUCAAGGUUCAGAGAUGGAGUGUUCGUCUGCCUAUCGUUCGCAAGGCAUCUCAAAGCACUACCAUUCAAGCCUACAACUGGGAAACCAAAAAGCCCGAGCAAAUGACUCUUGCCAAGGGCACGGUCGUUGUGUGCGAUAUCAACAAGGCGGAGAAACAGAACACCAGCGAGUCAGCCGAUGAGCGACACGAACUGAACUACUGUUCUAGUUUCGCCGAGGCUUUCAGCGAGUACCACCCCAAGCACGUCGCCGCCACUGGUCUGGUCACCAUGGUCAAGGUUCUAGCACAGCUCAAGAACCUUCGUCGCGGACAUGACACUCAGGGUGUUUCCAAGAAGGUCUCGAUUGAUGCGUCUAGCGUUGGUUAUGCCAACUACAUGGCACCCAUGCGACUCAAGGAGAUUGAGCUCAAGGUCAAGGAGGCACGUGAGAAGAAGGAGCUGACCGCGGAGCAACUCGAGGCUAUCUUCCCGUCCGAGAUCAGGAAGCCUGCGACUGCUACUUAUCUGACCACCGAGUGGGACGAGAUGGUUCCUUUCCCAACGACUUGGAAACUGCGCUUUGACGGCUACGGUGUCUCUGAUUACAGUAAGAACAACUAUGAGGUUCUCAAGGUGUUCAAGAUUCCCGAUGACAUUCAGCCAUUCUAUCAGCCUAAUGGGCCAAGCAAGAUUGGAGGGUCGUUCGCUACUCCUGUUUGUGUUUGCCACAAUUCUUGGAAGAACGAUAACAAGGGCAAGGGUCAUGAGGGUCAUGAGCAUGAGGCUGGUGCUCACGAGGUGCUCUCGGCUUGUGGGCAUGCCCAUGCACCUAUGCCUGCUACAUCGGGAUGCAAGAUUGGUUAA